AUGGAAAACGGCUACGGCCAGAGAUCACAGGGCUUCAGCCUGGGCCGCAUCAUAGGUGACCCCUUUGCCCUGGCCACCAUAUCCAUUGGCAUCCUCGCCUGGAUCAUCGCCUUUGUCAGCUCCAUAAUAUCAGCCAUACACGGCGGCUUCCCCAACUUCGCAUGGUGGACCCUGGUCUUCAUGUUCUUCUGUAUCGCCGGCGUCACCAUCACAGUCGCGUCCGACGCUGAGAGGACAUAUCAUGUUGCCAUUGUCGGCUUCUUGUCUGCCGGACUAGUCUUCACCACCUCGUCUGUCAACUCGCUCGUCUACUCGCCCGUCGCCCCCUUCGAAGCUGCCGCUGCCGGCUACAUCCUGCUCUCCAUGAUUACAAUUGUCUGGGUCUUCUACUACGGCUCUCAACCGCAAGCCAGCCACCGCACCUUUGUCGACUCAUACGCCCUUCAUAAGGAGGGCCCUGGCUCGCGCUCCUCCCGCCCAAUCUCCAACGGCUACACGAACCGCCCCGAGACACAGAAUGCCAGCAUCCCUCCCCAAAUGUACACGUCAGCGCAGCUGAACGGUUUCGAAACAUCAUCUCCCGUAUCCGGCUAUCCGGGAGGCCCAGCUGGAGCCAACGGCCGCAAUUCGUCCGCGCCGCAAUUCGGAGGCAUGGGCAACUCGCAGACCCCUACCCAUGACGAGCAACAGCAGGAAGCCUCGAUCGAGUACCCGUACCGCGCAAAGGCCAUCUACAGCUACGAGGCCAACCCCGACGAUGCAAACGAAAUCAGCUUCCAGAAGCACGACAUCCUCGAAGUAUCCGACGUCAGCGGACGGUGGUGGCAGGCGAAAAAGCCAAACGGCGAGACAGGUAUUGCACCAAGCAACUACCUCAUCUUGCUAUAA